AUGGCAUUCAUCGACGUUAACGUGCUUUUCUUACGUGGUGGUUGGAUUAUUGUCGCGGUUGUGGUAUUGAGGAUCCUCUUCCAAGGCUACACACACCGAUCAAGAAUUAGGGCUCUAAAAGCCCAGGGACUGCCCAUCUUACCUCACUCUCUGUUGCUCGGCCAUUUGCCCAUAUUUGCCGAAUUUCGGAAAUCUCAUCCCUUAGAUGUAAAUCCAUCCAUUUUCCAUGCCUGGUUAUUCGACAAUUGCAGCACGUAUUUCCCCGGUUACGAGUACCCGCCUUCAGUGGUUUACUUAGACCUCUGGCCAAUCACUGAUUCACUUGCCAUAGUGAACAAUCCAGAAGUUUUGGCCCAGUUCACAUUAACUAAGAAUUUACCUAAACUUGGCGGGUUCAAAAAGUUCAUUGAGCCACUUACUUCAUGUAAUGAUCUCCUUUGCACUGAAGGGCAAAUAUGGAAAACUUGGCGUUCUACAUUCAACCCUGGGUUUAGUCAACGAAACCUGACGGCGAUGCUUCCGGAGAUUCUUGAGGAAGCGACCGUCUUCGCCGAUGGCCUAAAAAAACUAGCCGGGGAAAGCGGGACUUGGGGCGCCGCUUUUCAGCUUCAGAAGAGAACGAUAAAUCUAACAUUCGAUAUUAUUUGCAGGGCGACACUUGAUAUGCGUCUUCAUGAACAAACCGGAACUUCAGACAGCAAGCUGAAAGCCGCUUUGGUUGACCAACUAAGAUUGAUGGGAAUAGUGCCCAACGUCGCACAAGGCCGUCCGGUCGGACGGUUACCUUGGCACUAUGUCUCAGUUCUCCGGAAUAACAGAACCAUGCGAAGUAUUCUAUACCCCCAAAUACUGAGAAAAUCGAGGUCGGAUACGUUUGACUUCCAGAGGAAAACUGUUAUAGAUCUCGCCAUAAAAUCGGCUAGGAAGGAUACAUCGAGCGUUUCGAUUCAAGCCGAUACCGAAUUCAUCGAUAGACUUAUUGCCAAUUUAAAGAUCUUCCUUUUUGCUGGCCACGAUACGACGGCUUCGACGAUUUGCUUCAUGGUCAAACUGCUGCAAGAUAAUCAUGGUUGCCUUGAAAAACUCCGAGCUGAACAUGAUGAGGUACUUAGCUCGGAUGCGGGCAGAGCAAUGCAGGUAUUAAAAUCAUCCCCUCAUCUCUUACACCAACUCCCAUAUACAUUAGGCAUCAUAAAAGAAACGUUAAGACUAUAUCCGUUGGCUGCCACCGUCCGAGAGACUUACCCCGGUUUCUCCUUGACGGCGCAUGAUAUUGCGGACAGAACCACGGAGUAUCCGAUGGAGGGGUUUGGGCUGUGGGUAUCGGCUCUUGGAAUACAGCGCCACCCACGUUACUGGCAUCGUCCUAACGACUUUGUCCCCGAGCGUUGGCUAGUGUCUGAUGGACCGCUGCGUCCAGCUAAUAAUGCUUGGAUACCUUUUUCGCUUGGUCCUCGCAAUUGUAUCGGGAUGGAGCUAGCUCUUAUGGAGUUGAAGCUUGUGUUAAUUCUGACAGCUCGGACAUUUGACAUAGAGGAGGCGUGGGAUGAGUGGGAUAAGAUGCAUGGCAAUGAAACUACGCCUGCGCCUACAGUGAAUGGACAGCGCUUAUAUGAAACUGGGAUAGGCAUUGUCCAUCCCAAAGAUGGAAUGCCUAUGGCGACGUUGGGUAGCGGCUGUCUGUCCGACAGCGACCAAGCCUUCGGGCCUCGAGUCAAUCCAAACUGUCGGUCCUUCGACUUCACACUUCAGUUCGAGGAUAUAUUCUUCGCUUGCUUACCUGCAGCUAUCUUCCUGUUGCUUCUACCUAUCCGCGUCGCGGCAUUCUUUCACCCGCGACAGAAAUCCUUCGCCAGCGUCUCGUUCCUUCGUUCGGCGCUCUUGGGGGUCAAACUCGCUGUAUUUCUGGGCUUAUUAGCGGCACAGGUGGCGUUUCUAGCGCUUCGGGUUAAGUACCCCGCUUUCGCUACUAACGCUUCUCUCGCUGCUGAUGUCCUAAGCAUUGUCGCGAUUACUGCGGCCCUGUUGCUUUCUUUCGUGGAUCAUACACGCAGCCCGCGACCCUCUACUUUGCUCAGCCUUUAUCUCACCGUAUUGGUAGUUGCCGGCACCGCGCGACUCCGUACUUUCUGGCUAUUGUUGCCCCGCGGUGACAGUAACGAGGGGCAACCCGUUCCUGCGAUAGCUACUCUUGUCUUCGCGUUUACUGGCCUAGCUUUACUCCUGGAAUCCAUAGAGAAGAAGGCCAAUGCAACAGAUGCAGGUUUAGCCACAGCUCAGUCUCAAAGACACGAUGAAGCGAUACAUCGUCAAGACUCUGCUGCCAAGGGCGGGAAGCUGGCGCCCGAGCAGAGGAGCGGAAUCUGGACCCGAACCAGUUUCGCCUGGCUUGCUGCUACAUUUCGUGCUGGCUACACCAAAAUAAUCACGCUCAACGACCUUCCACCUCUCGACACCGCACUCGAAAGCCGACGACUGGGUAAGGCUCUAGCAAUAGCUAGGGCUAAAUUCUUCUCGCCACCAGACAAUCCAACAGCUAAACACAGUCUCCUUCGUGCGUGCUUCUGGGCUUAUCUAUUCUCCGUGCUGUCCGCCGUCGUCCCCAGACUCUGUUUGACUGCAUUUACCUUCGCGCAACCUUUCCUCGUCAAUGCGACCGUGACUUUUGUCGGCUUGGAAAAUCCAGAUUCCACUUUCGGAAAGGGCCUGAUUGGUGCCUGGGCUCUUGUGUAUAUGGGCAUAGCAGUAAGCAGUUCCAUAUACAAUUACCAGAACUUCCGCUUCAUCACUAGGAUACGAGGCGGCUUGAUCGCUCUUGUUUAUGAUCGAUCAAUAUCUAGACGAGCUUGCGACAAUGGCGAAACCACCGCGAUGGCCCUGAUGAGUACGGACGUAGAACGAAUAGUCAUUGGGAUGCGAUCAUUUCACCAGACUUGGGCCUCGUUACUGGAUAUCGCCAUUGCUAGUUGGCUUCUCAGUAAUCAAAUGUCUGUGGCUUGUAUUGCUCCUAUAAUCCUUGUUGCCGCUUUCAUUGCAGCUACAUCCAAAGUGUCUAUGGGAAGUCGAAUUGCCCAAGUGCAAUGGAUCGAAAGAGUCCAGGAGAGACUGAAGGUUACAUCCAGCUUUCUAGGCAACAUGAAAGCUGUCAAGAUGCUUGGGAUCUCAUCUAUAAUGUCGUCAACAAUCCAGAAGCUACGCAAGGAUGAGAUCAACAUAUCGAAGAACUUCCGAAAACUUCUAGUUUGGACAGUACUGCUAGCUCUCACUCCUAUCAAUCUCGCGCCUGUUGUGACUUUCGCGGUCUACGUCAUCAUAGCGGUUUUCUGGAAGAACGAAGCCCUCCUCGCUGCGCAGGCCUUCACUUCAAUUACCUUGAUAGCCCUACUAACGACUCCGGUGAUCAUGUUCAUACAGUCGCUCCCUCAGGUUUUCCAGUGCGUCGGAAGUUUUGAGCGUAUCCAAGAGUACUGCCGCCAUGAUGCGACAGAUUCCGAGGUGAACGAGGAUGUGGCCUAUGACGGGCCGUGUAACGUCCCCAAACAGAACGAGAAGGCCGAUUCCACUUUAGAUAUCCAACCAAUUUCCUUCAGAGGGCAAAGCUUCGCGUGGACUAGAGGCAAAGAAGCCAUAUUAAAGGACCUCAACGUGGAUAUCCCGCGUGGGGGAAUCACAAUUGUUGUAGGACCUGUCGGAUGCGGCAAGUCGGCAUUCUUAAAUAGCCUCCUCGGUGAAACGGUCGCCACGAGCCCAUCAUCCACACAGAAGUCUAAAUGGAGCAAGCCCCGCGAGGCGGCAGCAUACUGCGCUCAAGAGCCAUGGCUCGAGAAUAAAACGGUACGCCAAAACAUCAUUGGCACGUCGCCUUAUGAUAGGAAGUGGUAUAGCAAUGUCAUAUGUGCGUGUAGUCUCGAUGUCGACCUGCGGCAUUUGCAUAAGGGCGACCGGACCAAUGUGGGAAGCGCAGGGCAGAACUUGAGUGGUGGUCAGAAACAGCGCAUCGCUUUGGCUCGUGCCAUUUACGCUAGGCCCAGUGUCAUCAUUCUUGAUGAUGUAUUCAGCGGAAUGGAUUCCAACACUGCGAAUCUUAUCACAUCGCGUCUUCUAGGCCGAGACGGCAUAUUGAGAAAGCACCAAACGACAGUUAUUAUAGCUACGCAUAAUAAAAACAUCAUGGCACUUGCGGACAAUAUUAUUGUACUUAAGGACGGCAGCAUCAUCGAGACUGGGAACCCCACUGCCCUUCUUCAAGAUGAUGGUUACGUCAGCAAGUUUGGAAUUACUACACUGCCCGAGUCUAACGCCGAAGAUGUCAUCGAGACAGCUGAGACCGGAAACUCCGAGCUAGCCCGCGAAUUUUCCCAAUUUUCGACGGAUGCGGCCGAGGAGAUAGAUAUCUCUCCGACAGACCUCCGACGCAAGCACGGAGAUAUAGCCGUGUAUAAGUACUACAUCGCCAAUGCGGGAUAUCUCGCGGUCGGUGGGUACGCCGCGUUCGUGACUCUUUGGAUGUUUUGCACGGAAUUUUCAACUAUUAUUGUAGAUUGGUGGUCCGAGGCCAAUGCCAUUGAGCCGAACAAGGACGUGGGGUUGUAUAUGGGAAUCUACGCGAUGAUUGGUGUCCUUGGAGUUAUCGGUGCCUGUGGAGCGGCAUGGGUUGCAAUAAUCUCCAUCAUAUCAAAUACAGCAGCUGGUCUUCAUGCUGACUUGCUCGAUGCCGUGGUUAAGGCGCCGUUCAGUUUCUUCGCUUCAACGAACAGUGGCGAACUUCUUAAUCGAUUCAGCCAAGACAUGGAACUCGUGGAUAUGGAGCUACCUCUAGCAAUGAUCAACUAUACGUCAACUGCCGUGUCUAUCAUAAUCAAGAUUGUGAUCCUAGCCAUCUUCUCGCGAUAUCUUGGCAUAACCAUCCCCUUCCUAGCCGUGGUCGUGUAUUUUCUGCAGCGCUUCUACUUGAAAACUUCCCGACAGGUUCGUCUCUUGGGGAUCGAAGCGCGUGCUCCACUCUACACACAUUUCGGUGAAACUACCGACAAUACCGCAGGAAGCACAACAAUCCGCGCAUUUGGUUGGCAAUCGCACUACCGACGCCGAAAUUAUGAGCUUAUCGACGAUUCACAGCGGCCUGUUUAUCUGCAGAGCUGUAUUCAACACUGGCUCACGUUCGUGCUAGAUUUACUGGUAGCCGCAUUAGCUGUGGUAUUGGUAACUAUCGUCGUCACAUGGCAUGAUCGCUUCAGUGCAGGAAACGUUGGUGUAAGCUUGUUAAUUGUGAUACAAUUUAGUGAGACCCUCGCACGUUUAAUCCAAAGUUGGACGAAACUUGAAUCGAGCGUUGGUGCUGUUUCCCGUAUCAGGCGGUUCGUGGCAGAUACUGAAGUAGAAGAGGGAGAUAAACGCGGGGAAGUCCCUCAAUUACCACCGAAUUGGCCUAGUGAUGGGGCAGUCCAGUUUACCAACGUCUUUGCCUCGUAUGGGUCUACAGCGGAGCCGGCGUUGAAAAACAUCUCCGUAUCGAUUCUACCUGGACAGCACGUAGCCAUCUGCGGGCGCACCGGAAGCGGCAAAACCUCAUUUCUGCUUGCGCUGCUGCGCAUGCUCGAUGAAACGUCGUCACAAGGCCAGAUCAAAAUCGACGGCAUCGACAUCACCGCCAUAAAACGGACGGAUAUGCGCGCACACAUCAAUGUCGUGCCACAAGAUUCGUUUUUUGUCCCGGGCACUUUGCGCUUCAACAUGGAUCCUUUCUGUUCCACCUCCCCCACCGCUACUUCUAGUAGCGGUAGUACUCCUUCUGGUACUAGCGGCGGAAAGCAAGAUAGUGAUGCGAUGAUCCGCGAGGCACUUAAGAGAGUGGGGCUUUGGGACUCCGUCAACACGCAAGGGGGUCUAGACGCCCCAAUGGAUCCCGGGGCUUGUUCUACCGGCCAGAAACAGCUUUUAUGCCUUGCCAGAGCUAUAGUAAAGCAUUGGAAGAAGGGUAACAAAGGCGGCAUAUUGGUGCUUGAUGAGGCAAUGAGCAGUGUGGAUGCCGAUACAGAGUCUAUAAUGCAGGAAAUAAUCGAUACCGAAUUCAAAGACUGCACUGUCCUAUCUAUCAUGCAUCGUCUACGCCACGUAAUGCACAGUUACCAUGCGGUUAUGCUUCUUGAAUCCGGUGGAUUACUUGAAUUUGGUACACCGGAGGCACUUAUGCAAGGAAAUUCGGGUUUUAAUGAGUUGUAUAGAUUGAAUAUUAAUUGGUAG